AUGGCUGACUUAAAAGACCAAACUUGCUUUUUGAAGGACCUGAAGCCGAAUAUGAAACGUGUCUCCUGUGUGUUCAUCGUUCUCGAAUUAGGCCCGACUACGCGAACCAAAGACGGAAAUGAAGUUCGUACUGCCAGAGUAGCCGAUCGAACCGGAAGCAUAAACCUGUCCGUUUGGAACGAGAAUAGUUCUCUGAUAGCUCCGUGUGAUGUGCUUCAGUUGCUUCAGGGCAACACAACUGUUCGUGGCGGUUGCCUGACACUUAAUGUGGGCCGUUAUGGUCAAUUGAUCAAAAUAGGCGAGUUUUGUUUCCCAUUCGUAGAAUCACCUGACCUGAGUGCUUUCAAUGAGGAAUGGUUGACAAAAGCGAACGAUAGUCUGUCCGCUCCAAAAAAACCAGCAGAACCGGUAACGACAAAAUAA